AUGUGGGAGACGGGAGUUCUGUUUUUUGGUUUAGCUGUGUUGGUUCACUCUCAAUAUGAAGGGGAUGCCUGCGUGAAGAACGGCGCGAGUGGCACGUGCCUGCCCCUUGACAACUGUCAACCGGCCAUUAACGAUAUUAAGAGAAGGAUACCACCACAGAUAUGCUCGUUCAGUGGGAUGACCUCCAUUGUCUGCUGCGUGGAGUCUUCGCCACCAGCGCCUACUGUGACCAGAAGACCACCGGCGCCGACCACAUCCAGACCGCCCGUCCUCACGACUUCCAAACAACGGAUCACCACCACCACAGAGUACGUGCCCCCGGUCUACGACUACGUGGUGAACGACCCGAGUACCGCUGCGAAGGACGAAUGCGAGCCGGUGUCGCCCAAACUCACCGCGCCCAGGACUGGGCGGAAGGCGUGGGACAAGUGCAUAGAGUACCAGGAGAAGUACGUGUACCCGUGCGUGGACGGCAACGCGCUGUCCGGCGGGAAGGCGCGCGUGAACCGCUGCAAGCACAACGCCGACGACCUGAUCGUUGGCGGCGUGAACGCUUCGAAGUCCGAGUUCCCGCACAUGGCUCUCCUCGGCUUCGGCACCGAUCUGCCGUCUGUCCAGUGGCAGUGUGGUGGCUCCAUCAUCAGCGAACGGUUCAUCUUGACGGCGGGCCACUGCACACGCGCGAGAAACUUGGGCCCAGUGACGUACGCGCUGGUGGGCAUACUCAGCAAGAAGGAGCACGUGGACUCCUCGAUGCUGUACAGGGUUGAAGUAAUAAAACACCCCCAAUACAGGCCGCCACACAAGUAUAACGAUAUCGCCCUGCUUAGGACUGACAGAGACAUUGCGAUGAGCCAGGAGGUGCUGCCGGCCUGCCUGCACGUAGAUACUUCUGCAGCGGAUCAGCGCGUGUGGGCCACCGGGUGGGGGGCCACCCAGAACAAGGGCACCAGCCCUGAUGUCCUGCAGAAGGUGGUCCUGAACAAGUUCUCGGAGUUCGAGUGCGCGCUGCUGUUCCCGCCCGCGCGUUUGCUCGCGAACGGGUUUGACGCCAACACGCAGUUGUGCUACGGCGACAAGGACAAGUCCAAAGACACCUGCCAGGGCGACAGCGGGGGGCCGCUGCAGCUGCCGGGGGGCCGCAUCCACUGCAUGUACACCGUGGUGGGGGUGACCUCGUACGGGCGCGCGUGCGGGGUGGUCGGUGAGCCGGGGAUCUACUCCCGGGUGGCCGCCUUUGUGCCCUGGAUCGAGAGCGUCGUCUGGCCU